UGAAUUACAGGAAGAAGGAAUAAAUGCCAUUAACUUACCUCUCAGUCCAAUUCCAUUCGAACUAGACCCUGAGGACACUAUGCUAGAGGAAAAUGAAGUCCGAACAAUGGUUGAUCCAAAUUCAAGAAAUGACCCCAAAUUACAAGAACUAAUGAAGGUAUUAAUUGACUGGAUUAAUGAUGUGUUGGUAGGAGAGAGGAUUAUUGUGAAAGACUUGGCUGAAGACCUGUAUGAUGGACAAGUACUGCAGAAAUUAUUUGAGAAACUUGAAUGUGAGAAGUUGAACGUUGCUGAAGUUACUCAGUCUGAAAUUGCUCAGAAGCAGAAGCUACAGACAGUACUUGAGAAGAUCAACGAAACCCUUAAACUCCCUCCAAGAAGCAUUAAAUGGAACGUUGACUCUGUUCAUGCUAAAAGUCUCGUAGCAAUACUUCAUCUUCUGGUUGCAUUGUCACAGUAUUUUCGAGCACCGUUCAGACUCCCAGAUCAUGUGUCCAUUCAGGUGGUGGUUGUGCAGAAACGAGAAGGAAUCCUCCAGUCCCGACAAAUCCAAGAGGAAAUAACUGGUAACACUGAGGCAUUAUCAGGAAGGCAUGAAAGAGAUGCAUUUGAUACUUUAUUUGACCAUGCUCCAGACAAGCUCAAUGUAGUGAAAAAGUUUGCAGAUGGUGUGUACUUGGUCCUCCUAAUGGGCCUCCUAGAAGGCUAUUUUGUUCCUCUGUACAGCUUUUUCUUGACUCCUGAUAGUUUUGAACAAAAGGUCCUCAAUGUAUCCUUCGCAUUUGAGCUAAUGCAAGAUGGUGGAUUGGAAAAACCAAAGCCGAGACCAGAAGAUAUUGUAAAUUGUGACUUGAAGUCUACACUGAGAGUACUUUACAAUUUGUUUACCAAAUACAGGAAUGUGGAGUGA